AGCCCCCGCCCCCAAAACGCGCUAAAGGUGCGGAGGAGACGGCUUCUGCGCGGUAUAAUGGAACCGAGCCCAAGCCGUUAAACGGUUUAGAGAGAGAGAGACAGACACACACACACACACACACACACAGCUGCUGUGAGGGGAGGCCAACAGUUCGGGGAGGUUAACGGCGAAAUGGCGCAAACGGGUAGGAUCUGAACUUUAGGGUGGGGGGACGGCGGGGGGCCAGAGGGGGGGAUCCUCUGUGAGGUUUAUCGUGCAGCCCAGCAAUCGGACCGGCGUGACGAGGAACGGGAUCCCCGGUUUGCAUCGGUGCGUCAACGAGGUGGCCCACGGUAUGGCGCGCGGUGACAGUCGCUCGGGCACCUGGCAGGUGCUGCUGACCGUCUCGAUGGUCCUCAUCCCCCUGUCUGCGCACGGGAGGCACUCGCUGAUAAGGCAUCAUCAUCACCACCACAACCAAUCAUCUUUGAGCAAGGAGGCACUGAACACCAGGAUGGUGCUCAGUGACGACUCGGCUGAGCGGGACCACCUGAUUGGAGCGGGGCUCGGGGCCAAACUCCCACUCGGCUCCACCCAACAUCUCCACAAACAUGCCCACCUAGACGUUGAAGAGGAGGACUCACCUGUGGGGGACGAGCUCACGGCCGGAGGGGCGGGUCCAGACCAGCCCGGAAACCCCAUGUCCGAUGACGUCAUCACCGUCGAGUUUCACAGCCCUGCGCCUGAUAUUGUGCCCUCCGAUGUCGCUCUGGAUUGGGCCAAAGCCCCCAAAUCCCAGAAACAAAAAGGUGGAGACCUAACAGCAUGGGGGCUGUCAGACUUUUACGACUACCUGUCCCCUGAAAACGAUCUGUCGGCGCUGGGCCCGACUCCAGAACCUGAGCCCACGCCUUCCCCCCCUCCUGAAAUGGAGGACGAGAAUCCACUCCUGGCUGGUUCUUCUGCUGCCCCUGCCUCUCCUGCUUCUCCUGCUUCUCCAGCCUCUCCUGCUUCUCCUGCUUCUCCAGCUUCUCCUGCUUCUCCUGCUUCUCCUGCUUCUCCUGCAGCUCCUGCCGCUCCUGCCGCCCCUGCUGUUCCUGUCGCUCCUGCCAACAGGAGGCCUAACAUGGCCAGCGGGCCCUCCUUACCAGCUAUUCCCAUGCCCGGGACGGAGAUAGCGGAUGGGUUCGGCUUCGGCGCCAUGGGGGCCGACGGCUGCAGACUGGGCUUUGUGCGCUCUGGACCUGGGGUUUGUGUGUCUCAGUGUGACAACCAACCCAAUUUCUGCUUCAAUGGAGGAGUUUGCACUGUGGUGGCGGGAAUGGGAGCCUUCUGCAGGUGCAAUGUGCAGGACUACAUCUGGAACAAGGGCACGCGCUGCGAUUGGGCGGUCACUGAGUUCCAGGUGAUGUGUGCGGUGGUGGGCGUGGCCUCCCUGGUGGUCAUCUUCCUCUUCAUGAUCAUCGUGUUCUUUGCCAAGAGGCUGCACCGCCUCAAGAGUGAGAACAUGCGCCUUCGCAAACGCAGUAAGUACCGCCCACAGAGCAGCGAGCCUCAGACAGACGGCCUCUCCGUUUCCACAACAGCCGACGGCUCGCAGCCAAACGUAAGAAAACUGUGCGACACCCCUCCGAUCGCUCCGCAAGCUCACACUCACAACCUGGCGUACUAUGACAACAUUAUCUGUCAGGAUGAUCCUCAGAAGCAGGAAUACCCAGCCAAGCCCCCUCAAGCCAAGGAAGAGGGGUCAAUGAAUAUCCUCAACUCGCAUUCCCCCAAACGCGAGAACAACCGCCCGACCUCCGUCGCCCACGACCACGGCCGCCACACCCCUAACAACACUGAGGAGAGCGCCGAGGAUGGAGUCACUAUCGGCCUGGAAGUGCUCUUCCCCAAAGAGGCCAAGCUCCACUCAGAGACCAGCUCGCCUCUACAGUAUGACGUCUUCCUGUACAAGGUUGCCAACAACGGAGACCCUCCCAGUGCCAACUCUUACUGCUCUCAUCCAAUACCAAUACCUAAAUCGCCCAAAACACCCAAGUCGCCCAAGUCGCCCAAAUCCCCGAGGUACACCAAGGACCACCCAAACAGUAACGACAAAGCCUUGUCUGGGGGGCGAUCUUCACCUUGCCGUCACCCGUCACCCGGUCGCCACCCAUCACCCGGUCAUCACUCUGCUCCUGGUGGAUAUCCUUCCCCCACCUGCCACUUGUCUUCCCAUCACUCCCCCUCUAAGUUCAAAUGCAUGCCAACCACCUCCUCCUCCUCCUCCUCCACCACCACCCCACCUGAGUUGCGCAGGCCCAGAGGUCGGUUGCAAGGUCCUGGCUCAGAGUGCUCUGGGACCGGGAGAGAGUCCCGGAGCGGACACAUUCGUCCAUCACCCUCUACCCCUCACCUGACCCAACCUUCGCCAUCUCCAUCCAGGGUGAAGUACAGCCCGGUCAGCACCCGAUCUCUGCCGCCACUCUCUUGACCUGGCCUCCAGCCAGCCUCAUACAUUCACACACACACAAACAUCUGUCACAAACUAAUCGGCUCAGUGGCAUGUCCAUCGUGGCUCUAACUUUUUUUUAUUAGCGAUAGAUAGAUUCUCCAUCCAUCAUAUAUCUCUGCACCUUGCCUCCUCGCGUUUAUAGCCUGAGGAGUAUGUCACCUGGCCUGCUCGAAAGAACCAGAACACUACAACUCUGCAUACACCACACUCUCUAAAACUCAGACGUGGAUGCACCGAAAUACGCUCACACACACAAAAACACUGCACAAAAAACGAACCCCUACAUGUGAACAUGCUCUCCUAGCAUGGUGCCAACGUCAGCGACCGUUGAAAAUAAUGUUCAUUGAUAGGUUGAUGUCAUUAGCCUUAGUAUUAUCAAUGCUUUGUAUAAAUAUUUUGCUAUUCAAUGUGAACAAUUAUUUCAUGUUUUCACAGGCUUUUUGGUAUGUUUUUCAUGUUUAUAAUCCUCAAUAAAUAGACAAAACAA